AUGCCAUCUCCAAUAUUCCCUCCACACACUCUGGUGUCCCUCACCCCUACUCACAUCCCUCAAGCCACUCCUCCUAUUGCUCAGUUCCAACCCAUUCCCAACCACCCUCUUGCAGUGCAUCUCCCUCUCCAUGAGACUUGCCCAGAAUGGAACCAGAGCCAACACCUGUUGCUCUCCUCAAGGCUAUCCAAGCCUUAUCCACCCAAGUUGGGGCCCUGCAGGACCAAGUCAAGUCCCAGGGCAAAGUCAUCACCCAGCUCAUUGCCCUAUGCAGGGAGACCAACAACUUUGUCUUGGAUAAGGAUCAAGGAAAGCCUAGCACAACAGCUGGGCCUUCAACCCCCCCCAGGACAGCAAGGAGGUCAAACCAAAACUCCAGGAAUGGUUAGGCCUGGGCACAAAGCCCCUUUCAAACCCCUCAGAAGACCAGGGUUUGUCUACAACUCCAAGGAAGAGGAACCCUGGCCAGAAGAACCCUGCAGGCAAAUCAAAAAAGAGCCUUGCAGCAUGCCUAGGGAUUUGAGGGCCCUUACCCCCUUUGACUCAAGCUCCAAUACAAAACAUCCCAAAAUGGAGCUACCUGACCCCUUUAAGGGCAACACCAGGGCGCAUAAGGCUUUUGACAAGGAUGAGCAGAUGGUUGUAUGGAUCCUCUAUCACAUGGAGGACAAGGCAGCUGAUUGGGCUCUCCCGCUCAUAGGCAACAUUAUCAAGGGAGAAGGGAAUGCCCCUACCACUAUUCCAGGGCUGACAGUCCACUUCAAGGAGGCAUUUGCCAAUCCCAAUGCCAAACAAGCUGCAGCAUGCAAAAUAGCUGCCCUCACCCAGACUGCCUCAAUGGCGGAGUAUGUCACCAAAUUCUGCAACCUAAUUGCAGAACUAGAUUGGAAUGAGGAGGCAUACAUAGCCCAGUUCACACGCAGCCUCCACUGGAAGGUGAAGGAGCUUCUGUCCACAAAGGACAACAUCCCAGACAACCUUGAAGCUGUCAUGCCCUAG